ACCUCGUGACCGACCAGAAGCCAGUCUCGAAGACAAACGCCAAACGAAACGCACCUCCACUGAGCCAUGGCGCUUCGACGGCGCCGCCUUUUGCAUCUUCGUCGUCUCUUCUCCUCGUCGUCCUCUGAUACCAGCGUUCCACUCCUCUGGAGUACCGCUAACGAAGAACUUAGCGGAGAAUCAACCGUCGAGAUCCUCUCAUGGGGCCGAGGCAGCUCCGGCCAGCUUGGCGGCGGAAAAGAGGAGAUCCGCUUCUACCCGACCGCUGUCGCUUCUCUUCGCCUCCCUUCGGGCUUCCGGCUUUCCGCCACCUCCGGUCAACUCGACCGCUACGACGUUUCUGCCGUCGGUGACGGUGGCGCGGAUGUUGAGGUGGGCAUCUCAUGCGGAUUGUUUCACUCGUCACUUCUGGUGGAUGGGAGGUUCUGGAUAUGGGGAAAGGGGGAUGGAGGGAGGCUUGGCUUCGGACAUGAGAACCCGGUCUUUGUUCCGACUCCGAAUCCUAACCUUGAUGAGGUCCGUUGCAUCGCCCUGGGUGGCAUUCAUUCCACCGCGCUCACCCGUUCCGGCGAGGUUUUCACAUGGGGUUAUGGGGGAUUUGGAGCUUUAGGCCAUUCUGUCUAUCACAGGGAGCUUCUACCUAGACUUGUGGAGAGCACUUGGAUGGGAAAAAUAUCCCAUCUUGCUACUAGUGGUGCUCAUACUGCUGUUAUUACUGAUUCAGGUGAACUUUAUACUUGGGGUCGAGAUCAAGGCGAUGGUAGAUUGGGUCUUGGUAGCAGUGGAGGUCCCGGUGAAGGGGGGUCUUUUGCCACUCCUUCCAGAGUAAUUGCAUUACCCGUGCCUGUUGCAGCAGUUUGUUGUGGUGGAUUUUUUACUAUGGCAUUAACUACGGCUGGUCAGCUAUGGAGCUGGGGAGCCAAUUCAAAUUAUGAACUGGGAAGGGGUGAUAAUGCCGAUGAUUGGAGACCGAAGCCAAUACCUAGCGUUCAAGAUACUCGUAUAGUUCAGAUUGCCAGUGGGGGUUACCAUUCUCUAGCAUUAACUGAUAAAGGUGAAGUGUUUUCUUGGGGCCAUGGAGGUCAUGGUCAGUUGGGUCAUAGCUCCAAUAAAAGCCAAAAGGUCCCGACUUUCAUUGAGGCUUUAGCACAGGAGCAUAUUACUUACAUUGCAUGUGGUGGUUCAUCAUCAGCUGCGGUUAACGACAAAGGGGAAUUAUACAUGUGGGGAAAUGCAAAAGACUGUCAGCUGGGUGUGCCUGGCCUGCCUGACGUGCAGCCAUUGCCUGUCCAAGUUAAAUUCCUCGUUGAUAAUCAGCGAUUGGGCUCUCAUCAAGUGCUCUCAGUCUCAAUUGGAGCAUCUCAUGCCAUGUGCUUGGCUUUGAGGCAUUCUACCAAGCAAUCUUGAAGUCUCCUUUGUCUUUUGGGACAUUUACAUAUAUACCACCCAAUUGGUAUUGUAUUUACAUUCCUAACACCUGUACUUUGCUUUAUGUAUUUAUACCACACAAAUCAUUCAUAUCACAUGAAAAUACCACUAUUUUAACUUUUAAAGAUGGAAAUACAUCUUCUUAAGCAUAGGAAAGGUGGUAUAUAUAUAUAAACAUAAGCUGAAGUUUUGGUGCUAGAGAAGUAAAUAUGUAGGAAUUUCUUGGUAUGUAUGUAAAUCUUCUUUUUUUUAUUUAAGUCAAUGUGCUACAUAUUCGGCCAUUAGUCUCCUCUGAUAUACUGAGAAAUGAAACUUAAAGAUAGCA